GCACUAGCCCGGCGAGGAGAGCACCGGCCGGGCGCGGAGAGCACCAGGCGGGCGCCGGGAGCAGCGGCCGGGCGCGGCCGGGCGGAGCGGAGCUGCCGGGUGUCGGCGCCGCAGCCCGGCCGCGGGGAGAGCGCGGAGAUCGCGGGUUUCUGGUCUUGUUUUUCCCAGCGACUCAAACUUUCCUCCGUCCCUCGCGUCCUGGGGUCCCCCUCGGCGGGAACUGCCCUUCGGGUUCCCGCGGGGCGCCGGGCAGCGGACCCGGGCGGGGGGCUUGGGGCCCGGGUCUGCCCGCCGCUCUGAGCCCCCGCACCCGCCGCAGGACCCGCCCCGCGCCGCGGCCUCCCGUGCCCGCUCCGCCCAGGGGCAUCCCCGGGGCGGGGAGACGACAAGUUUGUCGGUGGCCAGUGGCCUGUGGGCUCGAGCGCCGCCGCCAGCGGGGACCCGGCGCCCGCAGCCCGCGCAGCCCGCCCCGGGCACCUGGAGCCGGGGCGCUGGCCCUCGCGGUCGCCGCUCGGGAAGGCGGGCACGCAAGGGGCACCGCGGGGCCCCGGCGGAUGCGCCCCCCGCCGCCUCGCGGGAUGAAGCACGGGCCGUGAAGAUGGAGCUGACCUGCCUCCUGCUCCUGGCGCUGCUCCCGGUCCACGGCCGGGCACAAGGAGUCUACGCUCCAGCCCAGGCCCAGAUCGUGCACGCGGGCCAGGCGUGUGUGGUCAAAGAGGACAACGUGAGCGAGCGCGUGUACACCAUCCGGGAGGGGGACACCCUCGUGCUGCAGUGCCUCGUCACAGGGCACCCGCGGCCCCAGGUGCGGUGGACCAAGACCGCGGGCAGCGCGUCCGACAAGUUCCAGGAGACGUCGGUGUUCAAUGAGACGCUGCGGAUCGGGCGCAUCGCGCGCACGCAGGGCGGCCGCUACUACUGCAAGGCCGAGAACGGCGUGGGCGUGCCGGCCAUCAAGUCCAUCCGCGUGGACGUGCAGUACCUGGAUGAGCCGGUGCUGACGGUGCACCAGACGGUGAGUGACGUGCGCGGCAACUUCUACCAGGAGAAGACGGUGUUCCUGCGCUGCACGGUCAACUCCAACCCGCCCGCCCGCUUCAUCUGGAAGCGGGGCUCCCACACGCUGUCCCACAGCCAGGACAACGGCGUGGACAUCUACGAGCCGCUCUACACCCAGGGGGAGACCAAGGUCCUGAAGCUGAAGAACCUGCGGCCACAAGACUACGCCAGCUACACCUGCCAGGUGUCCGUACGCAACGUCUGCGGCAUCCCCGACAAGGCCAUCACCUUCCGGCUCACCAACACCACCGCGCCCCCAGCCCUGAAGCUGUCUGUGAACGAGACUCUGGUGGUGAACCCUGGGGAGAAUGUGACGGUUCAGUGUCUGCUGACGGGCGGUGACCCACUCCCCCAGCUGCAGUGGUCCCACGGGCCCGGCCCACUACCCCUGGGGGCUCUGGCCCAGGGGGGCGCCCUCAGCAUCCCAUCGGUGCAGGCUCGCGACUCUGGCUACUACAACUGCACGGCCACCAACAACGUGGGCAACCCGGCCAAGAAGACAGUCAACCUGCUGGUGCGCUCCAUGAAGAACGCCACGUUCCAGAUCACCCCCGACGUGAUCAAGGAGAGCGAGAACAUUCAGCUGGGCCAGGACCUGAAGCUCUCGUGCCAUGUGGACGCGGUGCCCCAGGAGAAGGUCACCUACCAGUGGUUCAAGAACGGCAAGCCGGCACGCAUGUCCAAGAGGCUGCUGGUGACCCGAAAUGACCCUGAGUUGCCUGCUGUCACCAGCAGCCUCGAGCUCAUCGACCUGCACUUCAGCGACUAUGGCACAUACCUGUGCGUGGCUUCCUUCCCGGGGGCGCCCGUGCCUGACCUCAGUGUCGAGGUCAACAUCUCCUCUGAGACAGUGCCGCCCACCAUCAGCGUGCCCCGGGGCCGCGCCGUGGUGACCGUGCGCGAGGGCGCGGCCGCCGAGCUGCAGUGCGAGGUGCGUGGCAAGCCGCGGCCGCCCGUGCUCUGGGCGCGCGUGGACAAGGAGGCGGCGCCGCUGGAGACCCCCGACGGGAGGCUGCGGCUGGAGCGCGUGAGCCGGGACAUGGGCGGGACCUACCGCUGCCAGACGGCGCGCUACAACGGCUUCAACGUGCGGCCCCGCGAGGCCCAGGUGCAGCUGAACGUGCAGUUCCCGCCCGAGGUGGAGCCCAGCUCCCAGGACGUGCGCCAGGCGCUGGGCCGGCCCGUGCUGCUGCGCUGCGCGCUGCUCCGAGGCAGCCCCCAGCGCAUCGCCUCGGCCGUGUGGCGCUUCCGAGGGCAGCUGCUGCCGCCGCCGCCCGCCGUCCCCGUCGCCGCCGAGGCCCCCGACCACUCCGAGCUCCGCCUGGACGCCGUGACCCGCGACAGCAGCGGCAGCUACGAGUGUAGCAUCUCCAACGACGUGGGCUCUGCCUCCUGCCUCUUCCAGGUCUCGGCCAAAGCCUACAGCCCGGAGUUUUACUUCGACACCCCCAACCCCACCCGCAGCCACAGGAUGUCCAAGAAUUACUCCUACGUGCUGCAGUGGACCCAGCGGGAGCCCGACGCAGUCGACCCCGUGCUCAACUACAGGCUCAGUGUCCGCCAGCUGAACCAGCACAGCGCCGUGGUCAAGGCCAUCCCGGUGCGGCGCGUGGAGAAGGGGCAGUUGCUGGAGUACCUGCUCACCGACCUCCGCGUGCCCCACAGCUACGAGGUCCGCCUCACGCCCUACACCACCUUCGGGGCCGGGGACCUGGCCUCCCGCAUCAUCCACUACACAGAGCCUGUCAACUCUCCCAACCUGGCAGACAACACCUGUCACUUUGAGGACGAGAAGAUCUGUGGCUACACUCAGGACCUGACUGACAACUUUGACUGGACAAGACAGAAUGCCCUCACCCAGAACCCUAAGCGCUCCCCCAACACAGGCCCUCCCACUGACAUCAGUGGCACCCCUGAGGGUUACUACAUGUUCAUCGAGACGUCAAGGCCCCGGGAGUUGGGGGACCGCGCUCGGCUGGUGAGUCCCCUGUACAACGCCAGCGCCAAGUUCUAUUGUGUCUCCUUCUUCUACCACAUGUACGGGAAACACAUCGGCUCCCUCAACCUCCUGGUGCGGUCCCGGGGCAAAGGAACUGUGGACACACACGCCUGGUCCCUCAGCGGCAACAAGGGGAACACGUGGCAGCAGGCCCAGGUGCCCAUCAGCCCCAGCGGGCCCUUCCAGAUUAUUUUUGAGGGAGUUCGAGGCUCAGGCUACCUGGGCGACAUUGCCAUAGACGACGUCACUCUGAGGAAGGGCGAGUGCCCCCGGAAGCAGACGGAUCCCAAUAAAGUGGUGGAGAUGCCGGGCAGCGGAGCCCCCGUCCAACCCCGGCCACAGCUCUGGGGGCCUGUGGCCAUCUUCUUCGUGGCCCUGCAGAGAUGAUGAGCGCUGCGUGGCCACCCGCCCCGGCACACCAAAGUGUCUGCAUUGAACCAAAGACUGAGCCCCGGCAGCGGGUGCCCGGGGCGGGGCCGGCCUUCCCGGAGCAGCGGAGAGGACAGUGGAGGACAAGGACUGAGGCCUGGCGCCGAGGCCCUGGAUGGUCGCUCGCCGCACCACACACGCACACACUCACACACCCACUCUCACACAGAGACCUAUUAAAGCACAAGUUUCUAUCUGACCUGCCAGCACCUUCUUUACCGCGGAGACGGGGCAUGGCCAGCCCUGGGAC